AAACAACAAAAACAAACAGCUGAUCAAAGGAAUUGCCUAUGAGUCAGUUGCCUGGUUUCGUUGUCAGCAGUUUUUAACUAUUAAACACCUAAACAUAAACGAUAAAGGUAGUCAACCACCAAUAUUCAUAUAAAGUACGCUGUUGGUAUUAGCGGUAAACGUGAUUAAACUAGUAUGACGAUUUUGUUUUCGAUAAUCGCCCGUGGAACAACUGUUCUGGCACGAUAUGCUUCUUGUGCUGGUAAUUUCCAGGAAGUCUCCGAGCAAAUUCUUAGCAAGAUCACAGCAGAUGAUGCAAAGUUGACCUACUCACAUGGAAGCUAUUUGUUCCAUUACAUUUGCGACGACCGGAUCGUAUACAUGGCUAUCACUGAGGAUGAUUUUGAGCGAUCAAAAGCUUUUCGAUAUUUAUCAGACAUUAGAAAAAAAUUUCAAUCAACUUACGGAAAAAAUGUCCAUACAGCAUUGCCCUACGCCAUGGACACUGACUUUGCCAGGGUUCUGAUGGUUCAAAUGAAGAGAUUUAGCAGCAAUGAAGAGCCAGAAAACAAAGUAGAAGAAGUUCAGGAUCAACUUAAUGAUCUUAAAGGAAUCAUGGUGAAAAAUAUUGACAGUAUUGCAAAUCGAGGAGAGAAUUUAAAUCUAUUAGUUGAUAAAACAGAGGACCUUUCAGAAUCUGCGGUCACGUUUAAAAAGCAAAGCACAACUUUACGAAGAAGGCUGUGGUGGAAAAAUGUGAAGAUCACUGUGAUUCUAGUUAUUGUUGCAAUAAUUGUCCUCUAUUUCAUUAUAUGUGCUGCUUGUGGUGGAAUGAAUUGGCCACGAUGUGUGCACCAAUCAAAUUCUCCUAAUAAGACUUUAACUUUGACAUGAGAUGUGACAAUGCAUGUUAUGUGUGGCUAGCUGUAUCUCCGUGCAAUCAAAGAAUUUGACAUCAGCGUUAAUGCAUUUGUAAAAUGCAUGUAAUGUUUCCCACUAUAGGCUCUUAACUUUUUGUUAAUGCAUUUGCAAAAUGCAUGUAAUGUUUCCCACUAUAGGCCCUUAAUUUUUUAAAUGCAUGAGAGGCAGGGAUAGACGUGCAUUCUUGUGAAACAAAAUUCGUUCCAUUGGUAAUUAAUAAAUAUAGUGCAGAAAAUUCCAGGGUUGGCCUGCCCACCCUGCCCCCCCCAGGUUUUGCGCCUACAGUUUUCACUUUUCAAUAAUAUGUUUUUUUAGUUUGGAAAACUUUUAAUAACCAAAUAUGCUGUGCUCAGUACCAAAACAUAUAGGUCUACAUUUCACUGCCAUAACACAAAAUUGAAAUGUAGUUUCGCUCAUUUUAAAAAGUUUACCCUCCUGUUUUUGUACACAUAAAAAAUUCAUCCCAACCAUUUUGCAAAUAUGUAUCCAACAGUAGUAAUAAUGCAUGUGUUAAAUUCUCCUUUUUUCUUACUAUGGUAUACAUUUAUAUGACGUACAAAUAAAAAUUAAAUGUA